CUGCCCGUCGGUUUGAUAGCGCAGGGGGACCAGCGAUACUUCCUGCCCGCGGACACGGGCAUAGGGCAGUUCGACCGCAUCCUGGAGUUUCUGGCGCUCAGCAAGUCGGAGGGCGGCGUGGCGCUGGAGACGCUGUUGGCUCAGGAAGAGCAACUAUGGGGCUAUCACAGUUCGCUGAUAGUCAUCACGCCCUCGAACCGUCCCGACUGGGUUGUGGCGCUACGGGAACUGAUGCGCCGCCGGGUUCGCGUGGCGGUGGUGCUGCUGGACGGCGCGUCGUUCGGGGGAUUUUUCAACACGGUUGAUGUUGUUCCGCACCUGUAUCUCGCGGGCAUACCGCCGUACCUGGUUCAAAAAGGCGAUGAUAUUCCGGUCGCGCUGAGUCGCGUGUACACAAGCGCCGAGGUGGAGGGGUCGGAGCAGUUGGAAGCGACGGAGGUUCAGGUAUGA